AUGACUUUAUACCAACAUGUAACCAGUGCAAAUCCACUCCGUAUUCACUUGAAGAAAAUAAGUGUUCCGACAUGCAACCUUCCUCAAACAUCAUUAGCAUCAUUUGAUCAACCAAAUGUGGUUCAAAUUAAAAGCAGAAACGAAAGGCAACGUCAAAGAUCAUUAAAAAAAAAAUCAUCUGUUAUUGCUGAUGCAUCUGAAGCUAUUUCCACACUUCCUGAAGAUAACAAGACAGAAGAAAAUCCGUGU